UUAACUAUCGCAUCACAGUGACGAGUUUUUUCUUCUUCUUUCAGAGACAUCUGCAGCAAUGGCGGGGAUCAUAAGCCCUAGCCCUACGGCUCUUUAUUUCACCAGUAAUGUCGGUGGGAGGCGAUUGAAAGCGGUGAGCUGGGCGGGAAAGAGUGUCUCCGGGAACGUGAUCCGCCGGAGAAACUUCAGAAUUGCGGCGGAGGUGAAAUUCGUGAAUGCAGAAGAAGCAAAGCAGUUGAUAGCUGAAGAAGGUUACUCGGUGGUGGAUGUAAGAGACAAGACUCAGUUCGAGAGGGCUCAUAUAAAAUCUUGCUCCCAUAUCCCUCUCUUCAUUUACAACGAAGACAACGAUAUUGGCACGAUAAUAAAGAGGACAGUGCACAACAAUUUCUCAGGACUCUUCUUUGGUUUGCCUUUUACGAAAAUGAAUCCGGAAUUCCUCAAGUCCGUUAGAAACGAGUUUUCUCAAGACAGAAAACUUUUAAUUGUUUGCCAAGAAGGUCUCAGAUCCGCAGCUGCAGCUAAUAGGUUGGAGGAAGCAGGUUACGAAAACAUUGCUUGUGUAACAUCAGGGCUACAAUCUGUAAAACCAGGAACAUUUGAAUCGGUUGGUUCAACCGAGUUGCAGAAUGCAGGCAAAGCAGGGCUUAUCACAAUUCAAGGCAAGAUCUCUGCAGUCUUAGGAACAGUGCUUGUCUGUGCUUAUUUGUUCAUACAGUUCUUCCCGGACCAAGCAGAGAAGCUGUUUCCUCCAAGCUAAAACAAGACAAAACAACAACUGAUCCAGAGACAGUUUUCACAGUUUCAGCCUGUUUUGUAUGUGUAGAUGAUUAAGAGAAAAUAUUGAAAAAGAAACUCAUAUUUUUAAAAUUCCAAGUAGUUAUUAAGGAUUUA